ACAGCAAGUCGGCGGGUGCGGCGCGUCUCUGUCGCCUCGCGGCUGCUACAGUCCGCAGGUUCCUGUCGGCUCCUCCGCCGGCUCACAACCUUUAUUUUUUCCAGAACUUUUCCGGUCGCUUUUGUUUGUGCCGGUUAAAGUUCGAGCGGGUUUAGAUCGUGGUCGUUGAAGAAGCGGAGCGGUGAGGUUGAUGUGUUCGAGGUUUUUUCGGUUCGAGGUUUUCAGUGGGUAUCUCUCUGCCGUGCUGGGUCUGCGCUGCCGUGCAUGGUGUGCAGUGCUGGGUCUGCGUUGCCGACACACCAUGACAAUAUUUCAGUAAUUUUCUGGGUCACCAAAAUUAUUGUAUGUAAUGUAUCUAAUUUUAAAUUGACUUGGUCAUUGCUUGGUCUUCCACACCAGUCCAAAAACAAGGCUAAAUUGGUAAAUUCAUCAAAACCUGCUACGCAACCAGGAAGCAGCAGAAAAGCCAGCCUCUCCCCUUCCCUCGCACCCCCACUUAAAAACCAUGAGCCAACCGCUCUCACUCUCACCAGAGAAAAAUGCGUGAGAGAGUCCUCACCAUAACAUAACCUACACCCUCAUUUUCCUCCUCGGUAUACCCACCUCACUCUCCAUAUACCCUCCUCCCAAAUCCCACUUCUUUUCCUCUUCACACCCACCACCUUCCCCUCCUCUCCAAUGGCUCUGUUUCAUCCUUUUUCCAAACUUACCCUCCUCCUCCUCCUCCUCCUCACAACCCUCCUGUCCAUAGCCGUCAUUUCACAACCCCUCCUCACCCCCGCCGAGCAAGACGCCGUCUACACAGUUCUUGGCUCCGUCAACCCCGACAUCUCCUGGCGCUCCCUCUUCCCCGACGACCUCUGCCUCUCCGCCCCUCACGGUGUCGUCUGCGACUUCUUCUACGACAACGUUUCGUCCCCCGAACCGGUGGCGCACGUGACCGAGAUGAAUUUCGGGUACGUUUCGGACUACACCCCGAACCCGCCGUGCUCCGCCAACGCCACCUUCAGCCCGCUCCUCUUCACCUCCUUCAAGUACCUCCGCAAGCUCUUCUUCUACCGCUGCUUCACCGGAACGCGCGUUUCGUUCCCCGAAAUCCCCAAGAGUUUCGGGUCCGGUUUGGAGGAGCUCGUUUUCAUCGACAACCCGUCUCUGGUGGGCUCCCUCAGUGUAAUAAUCCGUAAUUUCACCGACUUGAGAAGGGUGGUUCUGACCGGAAAUGGGGUUUACGGGAACAUCCCGGACGGCGUCGCCGACCUGGUUAACCUGGAGGAGCUGACUCUGUCUCGGAACCAACUCGGCGGCGAAAUCCCCCUGAUGAGCUUCUCGAAGCUGAAGAAGCUGAAGGUUCUUGAUCUGGGUUACAAUUAUUUUUCCGGAACUGUCCCUGAAUCGGUGGGAAAUCUCUCGGAGCUGGUGAAGCUGGACCUGAGAUCCAAUGGGUUUAAUGGUAAAAUCCCAGAGAGCUUGAAGAACUUGAAAACUUUGGAGCUUCUGGACCUGAGCCGCAACAAUUUCACCAACUAUGGGGUUCCUCUGUUUCUGGGUGAUAUGCCAAGGCUGAAGCAAUUAGAUUUGAGCGGGAACUUGCUGGGAGGGCAGAUUCCGAAAAUUUGGGACAAGCUUGGGGGUAUUCUAGGAAUUGGGUUUUCAGAAAUGGGGCUGGUUGGUGAAAUUCCAGCUUCAAUGGGGGUGCAUUUGAAGAAUCUAAGGUAUUUAGGGCUUGAUAACAACAAGCUUGAAGGGACGGUGCCUGAGGAGUUAGGGCUCUUGGAAUCUGUGAGCGUGAUUAAUUUGCAGAACAAUAACCUCAGUGGCAGAGUUUCAUUUGGUGGUAGUAAAUUUUCAGCAAAAUUUGGGCAAAAUUUGAAACUGGCUGGAAACCCUAAUCUUUGUGCCGAUGAUAAGGCUUUGAUCCUCUCCUCCAAGACCCAGCUGAAGGUCUGCAAGAAAACCCAGAAACCCAAUUCUGCCCCUCUAACUCUGGACUCUUCAGUGCAAGUUGUUGUUCUUCCUAAUUCUGUGAUUAUGUUUGGCACAUGUGUUUUGUUUGUGUUAAUCUUUGCUUAAUUAGGAUUAAGCUAGAGAUUUGAGAGUUUUUGACUGGGAUUAGGUCUUGUAACAGAGAAAAGAACAGGUUAUAAUUACUGACAUGGAGUAUGAAUUUUUGGAUAUGUGCAGUCACUGAGAUUACAGGGGAGAUUAAUGUAAUUAUGGACUUUUUGUCAAUGGAAAGUGCAUAUAAAUU